UCAUGCUGCUGCCAGGUCCAGAGUCUCUCAUGGGUCCCUGUACGGCCUCCCAUUGCUGCUGUCUCCAUCGCCACACUCUGCCAUGUGCCACUUUCAGGUCUCCUCACACUGCUGGUGUGUGUAAUUUUUUGACAUAGGGUGCUGGCAGAUUACGGGCCUCCCAUAGCUGCUGCCAGGCCCUAAUCUGCCAUAGGCCCCUAUAUACCGCCUCCUCAUGCUGCUGCCAGGUCCAGAGUCUGUCAUGGGUCCCUGUACGGCCUCCCAUUGCUGCUGUCUCCAUCGCCACACUCUGCCAUGUGCCA